UGAUUACUUACACUUGUGGACUUUUUUGCAUGCUCUUUUGCACGACAUAUAUUCGAUUAAAUACCCUGUGACAACGGUUUCCAAUAGGGGAAGACCGUAUGAUUUUGCUUUGCUGUCUUGGUCGGAGAUAGAAUUAUCAAGUUGAGAGUUUGGAGGUUAAGAUUCUUCUUCGUGAAAGGAAUUCGCUGUCGAUAUUGAAAAAUGUAUGAGGCCGCAAAACGAACGCGCUAUAGGGCGAGCUAUUUUUCGGUCGUAUGAUCGUGAUUCAUAAGAAGAGCAUUGUGGUAGUGUAAUGUCGAAACGGUAGAAAAGUGCUCUGCUUCGUCUUCGUGUCUUAUCCUGAUCGUUUAGGUGUAAGAAAAAAGUCGGACCCUUUUGCAAAAACAGAACUACAACAGAACUGCAUCUUCAGUCAGUGCAAGCAACUAGUAGUUUUUCAGCAUCGCUUUACCGUUUCAGUAGUUUGAGACAAAAUGGAUUGCAAGUGCAGCAGCGUCGCCUUCACUGGCUCCACUCGUGACUCAUCGUCUUCUGCAGAUGCAGUAAGCCUCAGACGAAGAAGACGAGAUCAUGAAUCGACUGUAGCAACGUCGAUGAGCUGCAGUGGAAGAGGCAUAGUCGCACUGACAUCAAAGUUGUGGUGUCUUUCUUCGCAGCUAUUUCUUUUGCACAGCACGACCACGCUAGUAGAGGUUUCGGCGCAGAGGGAUGACGCCGCAGCUUUUCGGCCGACUGCAGGAUGGACGCAGGGAAGGAGCCCCUAUCUCGGUCGCGAAGCGUCCGUGCAUCCGACGUGGCUCCGCACAGAAAAAGGAGACGCAUUGGCAGAACAGUCAUCACAUCAUAACAGCCACAUGUGGCCACGGUUUAUCGGCAUUGGCGACGGCGACUUUGAGGCAGAAGCGGGAUGGGUCACGGUCGAUCAGCAAGCAAGUGUUGCCAAAUGCGGAGUGACGUCGACGAAUCUAGGGGAGCAGCAGACAGAGCAAUAUUAUGUUCCACAACUACUAGUUGUACUAGAGUUAGAUUAGAAGAAUGCAAGUUUGUUGAACUAAGUAAACAAGAUGAAUCUAAGUAUUGGUAUCCAAUGAGUAUGUUUAAUUGUGACUCCUCAGUUGAAGUCGAACACCAACAAAAAGUAAAAAAAACACCUCCGUAGUAUGAGUAUCGUAUAAAACAAACUAAAAGUAGCAUUGUUCUCGCACCUCCCCUUUGAAGCGACUGCUCACUAGCCCUUGUUCAUUCUUGCCUAGUCCCUCCCCUGUGAAGCGACUGCUCACUAGCCCUUCUUCAUUCUUGCCUAGUA